AUGAAGAACGCUCUCCGGUGUUGCAUAUCUUGCAUUCUUCCCUGCGGAGCUCUGGACGUGAUCCGCAUAGUCCAUUCAAACGGCCGAGUGGAGGAGAUAAGCGGCACCGUCAAGGCGGCGGAGAUCAUGAAAAUGCAUCCCAAGCACGUGCUCAAGAAGCCGUCGUCGCCGUCGCCGGCGGACGGCGAUCAGGCCCGGCCGGCGUGCCCCAAGAUCAUUGUGGUCCCGCCCGACGCUCAGCUCCAGCGCGGAAAGAUUUACUUCCUCAUUCCGGUGGCGCCGCCGCCGAACCAGCCGGAAAAAUCGCGGACGAGGUCGGCGGCGGCGAGGAGGAGGAAAAAAUCGUCGGAGGUUGCGAGGAAGCACGGCGGCGGCGGCGGCGGGGCGUCGUGCAAGGAUAUCGCCGCCGCCGUGGCCAACAACGUUGUGGUGUCGACGUCGGAUCAGUAUUUGAGUGAGAUUCUGUCGGAGAAGCUUUCGGCGCCGAGAGAUCGGCGGCGAGGGAGAGUCGGAGUGUGGAGACCGAAUCUUCAAAGCAUUUCGGAGUUUCCUUGUGAAUCUUAA